AUGUUCUCCGGAAACUCUGCCCUCUUCGCUGUCGUCUUGAGCAGCCUCUCGCUUGCUCACUCUGCUUCCGCCGAGGCCCCCAAGCCCGCCGGCCCUGCCAUCCCCCAAUGUGCGGCCAACUGCAUGUCGAUCAAGAUCAAGGAAGCUGCUGUCUGGUUCGGCGCUAGCCAAGUUAGCGAGUACUGCAAGCACCCCGAGUUCUUGCUCGCAUACAACACCUGUCUUCAUGACAACUGCAAACCCGAGGAGAUCGACGCUGGCAAACAAGCCGGUCUCUCGGCCUGUCCCGGCGCCCCAACCAAUGGUGCCCCAGCCGGACCACCAGGCGGCAACUCCACUGCUGCUGGAGAUGUCAACAACAGUACUGCCCACCUCUCCGGCCCAGCCGACGCCCCCGGGGGUGCCAACUCCACCCUCGUGCCUGCCAAGGGCGGCUCGAACCCCGGCCAGGCAGUCAACACGCCCAACACCCCCGGCGGACUCAACGGCGCCCUCCCUCCUUCGGGCGCCAACGCUACCAACACCACCACUAGCGCCCCUAGCCGCUUCUCCGGUGCCGUCGGAUCCGCCGCCGCUAACGUUUUCGUUCCGAAAACAAUCACGUUGGUCACUCACGACUCCCUCUCCUCCCAAUCUCCUUCUCCUUAUAAACUAUUGGACCCUCACCCUCCACCUACUCCUCCGCCCAGAAAAAGAUAA